GAAACACGGCAGCUGGAUUUCUUUGGUUAAUUACUCCUGUUUCAAACGUUUUAUAAUGACAUUUAUUGAUAAAGGAAUCACCAAACUAUGACAUUGAUAACCUGCAGCAGCCAGGUACAACAUGCUGCUAGCAGUCUGAUAACCAGGAGGAAGAGUAACUGAAAGAAGAGAAGUACAGAUCUGAGAGGAGACAGAGAGAUUCAGGGAGGAGCUAAGAUGUUCCUGAACUACAGAAGAGAGAGGAACUUCCAUAUUCACCAGAGAUCAACACAGACCAUCAUCAUCAUCACCAGAGAUCAACACAGACCAUCAUCAUCAUCACCAGAGAUCAACACAGACCAUCAUCAUCAUCACCUUCAUCAUCAUGCUGUCAGUGGAUGUGUUUGUGUUUUAUCUGCAGAUUCUUCUUGUUCUAAAAGGUAUCAAGUGUGAGGUUCUGACUUCACUUGAUGAAGAAGUGUUCAGUCCAGAAGGCAGCCCUGUUACUCUGUCCUGCAGAUACUCCAACAGUGAUUAUUUCUACUGGUAUCGACAAUAUCCAGGAAAACCACCAAUCUUGAUCAUCUCCCAUCUGGAAUCAGGAGGUAUUAUGUUGAAUCCAGUUUCUGGACUGUCUGUUCAAGUGAGUGAGGGUAAAACCCAAAUGGAUCUGCAGAUCUCCUCUGCUGCAGUGACAGACUCUGCUGUGUACUACUGUGCUGUGAGGCCCACAGUGACAGGAAACACCAACACUCUGUACAAAAACACCAGCAGGGCCACAUCAUCAAGUAGGCGGUGCACGACUUCUGCACUGUGUUCAACCAUUCAGUCAAUAAUAAGUGCUGCUGUGAAGAGAACAAUCCUCACCCUGAAUGCUGAGCAUCAGCUACUUCCUGCUGCUGAUUUAAACCUUGUUGUAGAGAUGGAACAUUGGCUGUGGAUUAUUCUUGCUGCUCUCUCCUUUGAGUGUAAAGGACAAGACACAGUGACCCAGCCAGCAGGAGGAGUGAGCGCUGCUGAAGGAGACACACUUACACUUGACUGCACAUUUAAGACCAGUGACCGAACUCCCUAUCUGUUCUGGUACAAACAAGAAGUCAAUGGUUACCCAAAGUACAUGCUGAAGAGAUUCUCAGAUGAAGAUAAUGCUCCAGAGUUCCAGAAAGACAGAUUUGAUGCUUCAAUCAACAAGACAUCAGUUCCUCUGCAGAUCUCCUCUGCUGCAGUGACAGACUCUGCUGUGUACUACUGUGCUCUGAAGCCCACAGUGACAGGAAACACCAACACUCUGUACAAAAACCUUUGGAGCAAAGACAACACAAUACUGCUCAUCCUCCCCCAGAGGGAGCCUCUCUCUGUCAGACUUUAGGGAAACAACACAGCUAAUGUUCAAACAACUGAACCUCCUGCAGAGAGGCCUCCUUUAUGUGAUGCUUCAACACCACGUUGCUUGACUUCAUCUCACACAUUUAUCCCGAUCAUCUUCAAUCAGUGUAUUCCACCAUGUUCCAGAGUCCUGAUGGAACUCCACCUUAAACACUUCUCCUCUCUCAGAUUUAUUCCCACAGGCUCUGAAACCUGCAGUCAUCAAACCACUCUUAAAGAACAACCCAGGCGCUUCACUAAUGAACAUUUAAAGGCCGAGUAAAAGAAUUGAAAAGUUGUUUCCAACAGUUAAAAGUCUUCAUUGGCACUUAAUAACUGUUUGGAUGUGUUCCAGUCACCACAGCACUGAGACUGCUCUUGUUCAGGGCUUUAAUGACAUCCACUGAAACACAGACCGUGGCAGAAUCUCAGUGUCAGUGUUAUCAGAUCUCAGCGCUGCAUUUGACUCUGUGGACCACAACACAUUACUAGACCCACUGGAGAACUGUGGGGGACUUUCAUUGGUCUGAAUCCUCCAUAAAGGAGAGGGGAACUCUGUUUCUACAGGUAACUCCACAAGUGAGUUAACUCAUCUGACCUGUGGGGUUCCUCAAGGCUCCAUCCUGGGGCCUCUUGUCUUUAACAUCUACAUGCUACCACUGGCUCAGAUAAUGGAUAACAAUGAAAUCAGUUACCACAGCUAUGCAGACGACACACACGUGGUUGUGACCACGAUAUCCAUUAGUUUGAUUCUUUCCUCUGGGAUUCACUCCUGGGCUGAUAAAGGAAUAUGCGAUUGUUGAGACUAAAAGCUAUGUCCAGAUGCGAUUGAAAAAUAAAAUAUUCUUCUUCAUUUCAAGGUGAUGCAGAAAUAAAUGAACAUUUUCAAACAAACUAUUCCUUACAUAAACUGGUACUUUAAAUGCUAAAAGGAGAAAUAAGGAACCAAGCCACAGUGUCACACACUCCCAAUAAGGUCUACAGACUAUGCUUCAAUCAGCCACACCACACUGCUGCAAACCCGACCUGCAGGAGUUACACACUCCACUUCAAUAAAUAGUACACACCACACAAUCUCAUGCUGUUGAUCUAGUCGAAACUUAUCAAGUGAUAUCAAUUAUGGAAAUGUGUCCUACAUAACCUCUAAUUGUAUUUUGGAAUAACACAACAAAUGUUGUGUGUGCUUUUACUCAUCCUUGCUACAUGAGGCCAUCAAGCCAUCAGCUGAAGAAGACUCUUUGCUGCGUCACUCUUCACAAUCUGUCUGUGGUUUCAUGUGGUGUUCCACAGGGUUCAAUCCUAGGUCCUCUCACUUUGUAACUGGAUUCAGUUUAUCUCCAAGCACAAUGUGAUCGUAGCUUCAAUUGGAACAGCAGCUUGUGUUGUUGUGGUGUUCAGGACCUUUAUAAUGUGGAGUGAUGAAGGAAUAUUCAGAAAACAAUGAAACACCUGCAGCUGGUACAACAUGCUGCUAGCAGUCUGAUCACCAGGAGGAAGUGAGAGAAGAGAAGUACAGAUCUGAGAGGAGACAGAGAGAUUCAGGGAGGAGCUAAGAUGUCCCUGAAC